AAAGCAUUUUGGCGCCAUUUCUUGUCUAAUUGGCAAACCGAUCGCAAUUGUUAAUUGUUAAUAGAGUCCCGUCGAUUGUGUCUAAAAUUAUAAUGAAUAAGUCCAAAUCCCUUAAGCCAUCCAAGCUCUAUGUUAUCAAAAGAGAUGGAAGGCAGGAGGAAAUACAUUUUGAUAAAAUUACAUCCAGAAUACAGAAACUAUGCUAUAAUUUAAACAUGGACUUUGUUGAUCCUGUUUCGAUCACCCUGAAAGUGAUCAACGGAUUGUAUUGUGGCGUCACAACACAGGAGUUGGAUAAUCUGGCUGCGGAAAUCGCAGCCAGCUUAACGACCCAACAUGCCGACUAUGCGCUUCUGGCCGCUCGAAUUGCUGUCUCCAAUCUUCACAAGGAGACAAGAAAAGUGUUUUCAGAUGUCUUUGAGGAUCUUUAUAAGCAUAUCAACAAGGAGACAAACGAACCCUCCCCAAUGGUGUCUGAAUUUCAUUACAAUAUUGUUAAGAAACAUGCCGAUCGCUUAAAUUCUGCGAUCAUCUACGAUCGUGACUUUGGCUAUAAUUAUUUUGGAUUUAAGACGCUCGAGCGAUCGUAUUUGCUGAAGAUAAAUCACAAAAUAGCAGAGCGUCCACAGCACAUGCUGAUGCGCGUCUCGAUUGGGAUACAUGGCGAUGAUAUUGAUGCUGCUGUGGAGACCUAUAAUCUGCUGUCUGAAAGGUACUUCACGCAUGCAUCGCCAACACUUUUUGCCGCUGCCACAAAUCGUCCGCAAAUGUCGUCGUGUUUCCUUUUAACCAUGGUCUCCGAUUCGAUUGAGGGCAUUUUCAAAUCCGUCGAACAAUGCGCCAUGAUCUCCAAAGCCGCUGGUGGCAUCGGGCUGAACGUUCAUUGUAUUCGUGCCAAAGGCACCUCGAUUUGUGGCACGAAUGGCACUUCGAAUGGGCUGGUGCCAAUGCUGCGUGUAUUCAAUAAUGUGGCACGCUAUGUGGAUCAGGGUGGCGGUAAGCGACCGGGUGCAUUUGCCAUCUAUUUGGAGCCGUGGCAUUCGGAUAUAUUAGAAUUUAUGGAUUUGAAGAAAAACACGGGCAAAGAGGAGCAUCGGGCACGUGAGCUGUUUUAUGCCUUAUGGAUACCUGAUCUGUUUAUGAAACGCGUCGAAGCCAAUGAGGAUUGGUCCCUGAUGUGCCCACAUAAGUGUCCCGGCCUCCAAGAUGUUUGGGGCGACGAUUUUGAGAAACUGUACGUUCAAUACGAGAAAGAGGGCAAAGCGAAUCGAGUAAUUAAAGCUCAAACACUUUGGUUUGCCAUCAUUGAAGCACAGGUGGAGACUGGCACACCUUACAUGCUGUUCAAGGACUCAUGCAACCGCAAGAGCAAUCAGCAAAAUGUGGGCACCAUCAAAUGCAGUAAUCUAUGCACUGAAAUUGUCGAGUAUUCGGCACCCGAUGAAAUUGCCGUGUGCAAUUUAGCAUCGAUUGCAUUGAACAUGUUUGUGACGUCCGACAAAACGUACGACUUCAAGAAACUGAAAGAAGUCACCAAAACAGUAACCAAGAAUUUGAAUAAAAUAAUUGACAUCAACUACUAUCCGCUUCCGGAGGCAAAGAAAUCCAAUUUUCGCCAUCGACCCAUUGGUAUUGGUGUGCAAGGAUUCGCGGAUGCAUUGAUUCUAAUGCGUCAUCCUUAUGAGAGCGAAGAGGCCGCACUUUUAAAUCAACAAAUCUUUGAAACCAUCUAUUUUGGCGCACUGGAAGCCAGCUGCGAAUUGGCCCAAAAGGAAGGACCCUAUGAAACCUAUCCAGGAAGUCCAGUUAGCAAGGGUAUCUUACAGUACGAUAUGUGGGGCAAGACACCAACCGAUCUCUGGGACUGGAACUCGCUUAAGCUGUCGAUCAAGGAGCAUGGUGUGCGCAAUUCUCUGCUUGUUGCGCCCAUGCCAACCGCAUCUACGGCUCAAAUAAUGGGCAAUAAUGAAUCGUUUGAGCCGUAUACCUCAAACAUCUACACCCGACGCGUGCUGUCCGGUGAGUUCCAGGUGGUGAAUCAUCAUUUGUUGCGUGAUUUAACGGAGCUGGACUUGUGGGAUGAUGAUAUGAAGAAUCAAAUAAUCGCCAGUCGAGGAUCAAUACAAAACAUCGAAUCCAUACCAAAAAAUGUGAGGGAUCUGUAUAAGACCGUGUGGGAAAUAUCCGUGAAAACAACGAUCAAAAUGGCAGCCGAUCGCGGGGCAUUCAUUGAUCAAAGUCAGUCGUUCAACAUACAUGUGGCUGAGCCCAACUAUGGCAAACUGACAUCGAUCCAUUUUUACUCGUGGAAAGCCGGUCUUAAGACGGGAAUGUAUUAUCUUCGCACGAAGCCGGCUGCAAAUGCCAUACAGUUCACCGUCGCCAAAGGUUCGCCCGUAAAGCAAACGAACGGACUUCAUAAUACCUCAUUUGUCGAACAUAAUGAUUCGAUGGAAAACGGCAACGUCAGCGAAUCGGAUUUGGAAAGGGAGCGCAAAAUGGCCGAUGUGGUUUGUUCCCUCGAAAAUAAGGAUGCAUGCUUGUCAUGCGGAUCUUAAGCUGCAUUUACCAGAUGCCUAUUUAUAUACAACCUAUAUCCAUAAGUGAAAAAUUUUUCUUAUACAUAAAUAAAACAAUACCAUAUUUAAUUAUCAAAAAUGUACGCA